UAAUUUAGUCGCAUACGUUUCGAUAAUUCCAUUGUUCAACACAUGUUAUAUGUUAUAUUUUAAUAAUAUAUGGAAUAUAUUAUAUGAUGCGUAUAAACAUAACCUCCAAAUGUAGACGAAGUUGUUACGAUACGUAAAUCAAAAUCCGUCGUAAACAGUCACUUUUUUUACUAAAGUUUUAUCUUAAAUAGCUUUGGCUUCGUAUUGUUAUUUUGUGUAUGGAAUAUUUACUGUUAUGCGUGAAUUCAGAAAUAGUUUUGAAAAAUGGAUCUAACUGCAGGAAAAGGUAGCAGAAUUCCCUUUAUACCGGGAACGAAACCCUCAAUAAAGAAUUCACAACUACUCGUUUCGACUGGAAUUCCUUCCUUAGAUCAUAUAAUAGGUGGAGGAUUACCUGUUGGUUCUUUGUUUCUUAUUGAGGAAGAUCGAUAUGGCACAUAUGCAAAAGUCAUGUUAAAAUAUUUUAUGGCUGAAGGCGUAGUUACAGCUCAACCAUUAUUAAUUGGAUCUAAAGAUGUUGAAACAUCACAGUUUGUGUCAGAAAUACCAGCUGUUGUAACAGACACCACAUCAAAUGAUCAAUCACCCAAUUCUGAUGAGCAAAUGAAGAUUGCUUGGAGGUAUCAAAAUAUGAAAAUAAUUGAUACCUCCCCAACUGGAGGACAAGCUUUUGGUCAUUUCUAUGACCUUACAAAAAGGAUGGAAAAAGAAGUAAUCGAAAAAGCAGAUAUAACACAGUGGUACGAUGAUAAUUGUCCUAAAAAAGACAAUGCCUUUAACAAUAUGACAUAUUCAAACUUAUUAAAAUGUAUUCAAGAGACUCUGAAGAAGGGAGGACACUCAAUUUCAGAGACACCUACAAAAAGACAAGUUCUAAGAAUUGCAAUUCAUUCCUUAGGAUCUAGAUUAUGGUGCAGUGAUUCUGUAAAUGAUUCACAUCAAGAUUUGUUCAAAUUUUUGUAUUACUUUAGAGCUCUUUUAAGAUAUUCUUAUGCAGUUGCAGUGAUAACAGUGCCUACAGAAUGCUUUGAAAAUUCGGAUGCUACUGCACAACGGAUUGAACACUUGUCGGAUGUUGCAAUUAAAUUGGAAUCAUUUGCAGGUUCACAAAAAGAAACAAACCCAUUAUUUAAGGAUUAUCAUGGCUUAUUGCAUCUACAGAAGAUGCUGGCUUUAAAUACUAUAGCACCUCAUAAUCCAGAAUCACGAGAUCUUGUAUUCAAAUUACGUCGAAAGAAAUUUGUCAUCGAGGUUUUACACCUACCACCUGAAUUAGGAGAUACUACUCAACGAGAACAAGAUGAAACGAUAUCUCAGUUCGGAUGUUCUAGUUCACCACAUAAGAGCUUAGAUUUUUAAGAAAGUAUAAUGUUGUACGUUUAAAACAAUUCCUUUGUAUAAAGAAUUAUUCUCCUGUCCUCUCGGCUUUUGCUUGUAAAAGCUUUUUGCUGAUAAGUAACUACAGACGAGUGUAAUACGUAAUAUUUGAGUCAGAAGUACAUAGUACGCCGCGUGAAUUAAUGUAGACGGGAGGAGAUAGGCUUCGUGAACACACAAUAAUACGCAUGACACGCCUACCUACUCUACGGUAUCAUAUCAAAAGUAAAUUUUAUUAUAAAUAUUAAAAAUAUUAAUAUUAUAAUUGUUAAUAAAAAUCAUUUUUGCAU